UGUUUGUUAUUUGCCUUGUGACUAAGAGUCAUCUGGUAGAUUGGCUAAUAAGUGACGAUUCUUCAGUUUCAGGUGGAGUAUCAAAGUUCCAGUAAGAUCACACAGCUCAAGAAUAAAUCAAAAUGGCAGGUAAAGGUGGCUACCCUGGCGGAAACAUGCCUCAAUCUUAUCAACAACCCCCAGGACCUAAUUACUAUCCUGGUGGACCAGUGCCACCUCCCUAUAGUGCCCAGCCACAGGCAACAUACCCAACUGCUGGGCCAACUGUUGUAGUCCAGCAGCAGCGAGUAGUUGCUCCACCCCCUAAGAACUCACAUGGUAUUCUUGGAUUCCUGUCAAAGGAGGUGGAUGCCAUGGGAAGGAUGACAGAACGUGAGCUAAACUGGGUUGCAAACAAAGCAGUAGGCCAUAUCGACCAGAAUUCUGCCAAUCCAAUACUGGGUAAUUUCACGACAAACAAUGUCAUUCAGCUCAUAUCUCGAGCAAGCGGCCACUCCCUACAAAUUGUAAUGGCACCUACUGGGGAACUGGUUGUGGACGGGGCUGGUCCUGAGGGGCCACAGGUGAACAAUGCUGUCUGGACUGUGGUAAACGAGGGGAAAAACCAAGUUCGUCUUCACAACAACUACAAUUACCUGGCAAUCAUCAGGGGUAACACCAUGGUCAUGAACAUGCCACCAGGAUCCCAGCAUGGUGUGGAGACACUAUUUCAGGUUUCUGUAGCAGCUAAACAAUUUGUCACCUUAAUGUCAGUGAGCACAAAUGGCCAGUAUGUGGGGGUGUUGCCCUCUGGACAACUGAAGUCUGCUCUUGCUACUGGGAGUGGGGAUCAUGCACAGUUUGGAAUCCGACUCCUCUCUUCUCCUUACCCACAACAAGCAGGAGUCCCAAGGAAGUGAUUAUACCUUCCAGUGAAAAGUAAAGGUGACUUUCAGCAUAUGGUCAUAGUGGGGCCUUCCACACAAGGUCAAGGUGACCUUUCAUACAAGAACUUUUGAUGUCACUUUCCAAAAUGCUGCAAUUUAGAUAGGAAACAACUGUUGUCUUUGAGCAUUUCGUAAACACGAAUUCAUUUUUUUAUAGCAUUAUUUUUGUUAAAUUUGGUUGAGAAGUGACUGUUGAUAUUGUACAAUUGUUUAAUGCUGGUUGAUGGUCCUAUUGACAGAUCUUGUGAUGGACAUGCAGGUUUGAGUUUUAGAUAUUGUUUUAGUUUUUAGUUCAAAAUGUUACAUUGUGUUUACAUUGUUCCACAAAGAUCUGAUCAGUGAUUUGCUUUCGUAAUCUAGCCAUGGAUGAUAUUUAGCAAACCUCACCUUAGUUUCCAUAUAAUUGAUGACACUGUACUAGCAUUGAACAAAUCAAAUAAUUGAACAGCUACAUUCAUUUUGAAAAGAAUUUCUAUAGUGCCUAGAUAGUCAACUACACCACUUACUACAAAAUUUAUCAAAUGAAAAAAAGAAUUAACUUUUUGUAUACAAUAUGCAUAUACAUACUAUUUGUAGAUACAGUAAUUGGUCAGUUUUAUGAUCUAUUGGGUUGGUGAUAAGUGUCUGUUCUCCAUUAUAAUCUAAUCAAAUUUACUCUUUAUUAAAAAAACAUAUCUCUACAUACGAAUUAUGAUGUGCCUCACUUUAUAUUUUAAUAUUAUAUAUACAUGUAUUCUCUAAUAUUCUAUUAUACAUAAUUUUGUACAUGCAAUUGUAAACCAUCAAAUCAGUAAUAAAUUUCAGUAGUAAACUACAGGUAAACAAUCUUUGGAACAAGUAUUUUUGGCAAUUUGUUUGGGGGAUGAUUUAAGGCAUGCUUUAUCUUCACAUAAUUUUAAGCCUACUUUUACAUGUAAAAUGUAUUGUUAGUUAUGUCUAUCACUGGAUAAAUAUUGUUAAUCUGUUGUGGAUUCUUGCCUACAGUUUUUUUUUCACCUGGUGAGUUAAUCACACAAUUCCAUGCACAAGGAGUGUUGUUCCAUUCUAGACACAGAAAACAUAUUUUCUUGUUUUUGUUUUUUUAUUUAUAUAAAAAUUCAGCCGCUUGAGAAUUUUCUUGUGUUGUCAUCAUAAAAAGGUGUAUUUAUGCUGUUUAAGGUGUUGUAUCCUUUUAACUGAAUACGUCCAUCAUCUUGAUGUAUACAUUUUACUACCUGUUUCUCGUUUAUCUGUGAUACAUUCUAUACAUUUGGUGAUAUACUCUAUACACUUAGAAAUGAACUGUCACAUAGGUCAAAUUUAAUCCUUUUCCUAGAGAAAAUUAAAUAGAUUUUCAUUAGUAGUUUGGUUUACUUUUAUGAUUUAAAACAAUUAUAUUUUUAUAUGAAAAAAAGUUCAGUCUUAUUUCAUUCAUGUGAAUACUUGUGGGUACAUUUUUCUUUUUUCCCUGGGGAUGGGGAGUGUUCUUAUCAAGGAACCAAACUUCCGUAGUCAAAGAAAAAAAUGACAAUGAUGGGCAGGUAGCAACGUUUCAUAUGUUAAAUUCACCAACAGAUCUUCUGACACUGAACCACUGGAUGCUAGUUCGACAACAACUAUGUUAAUGAUCAAUGAUAAGCACUUAUGACUGCUAACAUUGUAAGUCAUACAAUAUGUAAAUUGUAGUGUCUUUUAAAUAUUAUGUGAUUGAUUGCCUCAUUAGUUUUAUUAAUGACAUGUAUUUGAUUGAUAAUCGUCUUCACACACAAUACUGAUUCUUGGGAUUCUGGAGUAAUCCAGUCUACCAGUUUUAUAGAAUCAGUGCCAUUAAAAUUUUAAUAACUAAAA